UGUUGUCAAUUAUAGGGGUAGUUUUCCCUUAAUUUGGUUUACAGAGGCAGGGUUGCCUGUUAUAGAAAAUCAAUAGUGUGGUUGAAAAAAUGCCAGAGAAGCUAAAACACAGUCUGGCAUAUGUUUUUAUAAAAUAUUUUCGUGAAUUUUCAGGAAAUGAGUGAUUUGAAAGAGGAAAAAAGUGAGGAUAAGAAGGAUAUCGAAAUGGAGGAAAGAGAAAAGAUGUUGAAUGCUGAAAACAAAGCCCAGGAAAUUGAAUCCAGUGAAGAUAAACAAGAGGAGAAAAAAACUCCGAAAGACAUUAAAGAAGGAAUGGAAGUCAAACCAAAAAAAAUCCCGAUUGGAGGCAUUCAGAUGCCUGGUUUCUUCACUCGAAGUAAAUCAAAAGAAAGGUGUAAGGAUGAUACUGAUGCAACUACCGAGGGAGUUGAAUUGAUUGAAAAAUGUGCCGAUGCCAAUCCUGAAAACAAUGCACAGACAAAAAUCAAGUUACCGAAUCCAUUCAGGAAGUCUAAAGCAGAAGAUGAUGGUGAUAAACCAGCUGAACCAAAAGAAAAGAAAAAAUUACUGGACACAAUUCGGUUACCUCUAGUAUCAGUAUUUCCAAGAAAAAAGAAGGACGACAGUCUAGAGAGUCAGACAGCUCAAGCUGGCUUGGCCUCCAUGGAAACUUUGGACGAUAAGAGCACAGAUGGAAAAACCAACGAUGACAACAACAUGAAGACUGUUUCUUUGGAGGACAAAACUGACUUGGAGAAACAACAACAAAGUGAAAGCACUUCUUUCUUCGGGAAGAUGAAAUCGCACAAAGCUGUCAUUGGUGCCUUGCUCUUGUUUGUAUUGGUGAUCAUUAUUAUUAUAAUAUUCUCUAUUCCGAGAAGUGGAAAUAAAAAUUCACCCCCUGUGAGGGAUGGAAAAUUUGUUGUUACUCUUACAGGCUGUGGAAAAGUUGAAGGUUUGAUUGAAGACAGCUCCGUUGCAUUUCGAGGCAUCCCUUAUGCUAGGCCUCCAAUAGAAGACCUCCGCUUCAAGUAUGCCCAACCCCUGAACAAUCUGGAUUACUGCUGGAACGGGACCUUCCUAGCCCACAAUGCCACAGACUUGUGCUUGCAGAUACUCAGCAACGGCACUGUAAUGGGCGCUGAAGAUUGCCUGACUCUAGAUGUGGUGACUCCCUACGUUCGUUACGACAACCCCUUGCCUGUCAUAGUACUUAUCGGAGCGGAGAGUCUGAUGGGGGGCUCCCCGGGCAAAAUGCGCCCGUCAGCGCGAUACGCCAGGUCCAGAGAUGUUGUCUUUGUCAGACCGAACUUCAGACUGGGCGCUCUGGGAUUCCUGGCUCUCAAAGCUCUCUCAGAGUCGGACUACCCGAAAACUUCCGGAAACUACGGGCUCUCCGACAUCUUGGCCGCCCUAAAAUGGGUCCAGUUGAACAUCGAGCACUUCGGAGGUGACAAGAAGGCUGUGACAAUCUUUGGUCAUCGCGCCGGGGCUACUCUGGUGACUGCUCUCUCGACCAUUCCGGACGCGAAGAAAUACUUCGCUAGAGCUUGGGCUUCUUCAGGUGGCGCCAUCUACCCCAAGAAACCCGUCGCCGAAUCGGAAAUGGAGAACCAGAGCUUCAUGGAGGCGGUGCAGUGCGAAGACGUUGAGUGUUUGAGGAGUUUGGAUGCGGAGAAGUUGGUUUCUGCCGUGGAGGAUACUUGGAGGAAGCCACAGCCGGAUUUGCCGACGGUGGAUGAGGUUCCGGAGAAGCGACAUGAAUGGCUGGUCCUAGAUGGCCGGAUCCUCAAAGAACACCCUGAUGAAGUGUGGAGCAGGGAAGAGGAACUCCCAGUGAAGCUGAUCGUCGGUACAACCGCCCAGGCAGGCAGUACGGAGAAACUCCUUCUGAAACACACCGAGUGGACAGAGCCCCUCGUGAAGGAACACAUCAACCAGUCUUUCCUGUCUAAGAACAACCUCUCGGAUGACGCCCUGAAAAUGUAUCCGGCCACAUACAGGGGGUUGAGCACCAUGAUAUCCGACAUCAGAAUAGCCUGCCCCUUGUUUUCUAUCUGUUCCCGGGUGCAUAAAAUACCAUUCUACAUCGUUACGCAAACCAGGUGGCAGCACGACAUCGCAGACAUCGACUCCGACGUAGAUGCCAUCUUAGGGAGGUACGAGCCGAAAACCCCCGAGCAGAGGAGGUACUUUUCGGCGAUGCAGGGUCUCUUCUACGACUACGUGUGGAAGGGCAAGAUCGAACAGGAGAUGAUUGGGCAGAAGGUGCUCGUCGUCGGUCAGGACGUCUUGCUGAAUUCGACUUAUUCACACUGCGCGUUUUGGAUGGUGAAAAACAUUGUUCCGACUUAUGCAGCUUUGGAUUAAUUUCUAUAUACAGGAUAAUGGAAGGUUGUUCAUUAUGUAAAUCCUUGUCUAUGACAUGUUGUUUUCAAACUACUGUGAACAGAAAUUUUACUUCAAGAAUAUUCAUAACACUAUUUAAUAAUAAUCAAUGAUUUGUGGUACAAAAAGUGUAACUUUCAGGCAUUUGAUUUAAAUUUUUUCAAAUUCUAUAACAAGUACAAUUUUUUGACACUAAAAUGACCGAAUUAAUAAAAAAAUUUGAAGAAACGACAAAACUUGUUCUUUUUCAUUUUCAUUUUAAAAAGUGUUUUAAGAGUCUUCUGCUUCAGGUAACGAGUCAUAUUCCCAUUUGGACACUUUAUUAAUAAAUUAGGAAGUUCCAGCUCUUGCAGGAUUUGAUUACAUUCUUUCCUGGCUCCACCUCAUCUUUUCAUUAAUUUUAGUCAAAGUAUUUUGUCAGCAUAUCAAUUCAAAAGAUAAACAUGUCUAAAGUUGUUGCACGAAAAUCUGCGCUAGACUCUGAGUGGCAUAAGAGAUGUUGCUUCGGUUUAAAAAUGUUACGAAGCUAAAAGCGAACUUGGCGCUUAACCAAAUGAGCGCUUUCAAGGAAAUUUGAAAUUAAUGCGUCUCAAUUCAAUGACUUUGUAUUCAUUCAAUGUGACUGACUGUUGUGAUCAUAUUUAUGAGAUUAUUAUCAUACUCGGGAGGGAUACUCUCUGAUUACGGUAGGUUUCAGGUAUUUCUAACAAAUCCAAAAGACCGGAAAGCUAGCGCUCCAGUCUCCCGGAAGAGGCAAAAGAAUUUCUGAAAUUUAUUUUUCAUAUGAACGUCGCCCAUUGAUAUUUUUCAAAAACUCAUACCGAAUACCUGCUCUUAGUAUACUGCAAUUUUUGGAGAUCUUGUCCUCUCUUUUUUUAGUCUAGUUCACAUGUACUUUUUUUUGUAACAUUUUUCAGCC